UGCACAAAGAAUUCUCCUUCAUGUGACUAAUCAUUACGAUGCAAGCAAUCAAGGGCAUACCCAAGACUGUUUAGGGGUAUAUCGGAAAACCCCUAAAAUUUGGAGGGGAAUUAAAGAACUUCCGAUAGUAGUUCGACUACCAAAAAAAAUGAGGAAAAAUAGAUGGUAGUCUGUGUGGUUUAAAGUUUAAACAUGUGAGACUAUAGUUAUUAGGCAAACUUGUUUUGCUUUGAAAUACAAUUCAUUUGUUGCUAUAAUUUUAACAUAAAUAUAAUUACAAGCCUCUACAAGCUACCCUUAUCCCCGAGUUUGACAAAACCUAAAAAACAAAUCCAAUUCGGCUAUGGGCUACCCCUUAACCCCGCCAUACUCUAAAGAGGUUGAUAACCUUUCUCACUAUUUUGUUCAACUGGACUUUGAGAAUUAUUAUCAUUGGGUUAAGAAUGAUGACUUAUUCCUUGGAUUAUAAGGAAUGGUGAAUUAACUCAGUUGAUGGUGGAGAGACAAAAGGUGAAUCUAUGAUAUUAUGGGUCUAUUUGCUCCUCAAAGUUUUAUUGAUUUCACUAGUUGCAACGACAAGUGUUGAAAUAACUUUUUCGGCUUUGGGUUACAUUAAGAACACGUUUCGAAAUUGCAUGGUCCAUGAAACCAUACGUUACUCGCGUUUUAACCACAAAAUAUCAGUAUUGGAGGCUAAACCGGUAGGCGGUAUUUACCGGUACUAACGAUUGAACUACGGUGAAACCACGAUUUUGCCAUAAAAUACCUAUGUCACUGACUUUUCCAGUACAAUCUUUGGUACGGUUUCAUGGAUCAUACAAUAUUUAAUAGGUGAUCGGUUCGUGAAUAAUUAUCUAUUUGAUAUAUCGAAAAACAUUCGUUAUGUAAUGUAGAUAGUGAGUUUAUAUUUUUAAAAUAAUAAUAAUAUUAUUAUUUUACUUUAAUAUUUUAAAAGGGACACAACUAUAUAAAAUACCUGGAUCCAUCACUCCAGACAAAGUAAACAUGUACAAUGAAAUAAGAUUAUGCACAUGAAUCUAAUUUUUUUUUUUGACAAGGCACAUGAAUCUAUUGAGUGUGAGGGAAUUGACAUAAUACAUGCCAUGUCAUCUACCCAUUAUUUUUUAUAUUGUAAACAAAUAAAAGCAUUCUCAUGUAAACUAAAGUGUACAUGAUUUAAUUACAUCAGAACAACAAUUAACAUACUAGUAAGUUGAUUAAUCACUCGUCUGUAUCGCUUUACUACGCUAGUGUAAUCAUGCACACUUCAGUUUGGAUCACAAUUCUCUCAUUUGUUUACAACUUAACUUAGCAAAAAUAAUGAGCAGAAGACAUGACAUGGUAUUAGUAUAUGUCUUCUGUCAAAAGUAUACAAUUAAGUGACCAUUAUGUAAAUUAACCAUGGAAUCUAAACGAAAGAUAAUAAAUAACCGACACAAAAGGAUUCCGACUCCGACUCCGACUCGGGUGGGUUUAGUGGUUGACCCACCCAUUGCCCGAGUAGAAGCCGGACGUUCUCUUCCGUCACAUAUAUAAUUGGGCACGACAACUGUGAACCGCCCCCGCCGUUUCGAACCUUUCUCCCCGCCCCCAGUUCCUGCCAAACCCACACCGCUAGGGUUCCGUCUGGUAUUCGCCGUGCCUGCAAUUACCUCAUAGCUUUUUUUUCUUCUUCUUCUUCUGGAUUUCGCGCUCGCUGGAUUUUGUUUCUGGCGCGACGCACCAAUUAGGGUUACUGACGGGCGUGUACGCGGGAUUUGAAUGGGUACGGAGAGGAAGAGGAAGGUGAGCUUGUUUGAUGUGGUGGACGAGUCGUCGGUCUCUGCUAAGCUCGCAAAGUCGGCGGCCAACGGCGGAGCAGCUCCUGGUACAGCCACCAUGUUCUCGAACGGGAUCUCCCAGAGCGGCAGCAGCUCCGUCAAUCGGUGGAAUGGAAAGCUGUAUUCGCAGAGGUAUUACGACAUACUCGAGAAGAGGAAGACUCUCCCAGUUUGGCAGCAGAAGGAGGAGUUUUUGGAUGUCUUGAAGAAGAACCAGGUUAUCAUCCUUGUUGGUGAGACUGGGAGUGGCAAAACUACCCAGAUUCCGCAAUUCGUUCUGGAAGCUGCUGAUUCAGACACUUCGGAUAAGAGGCGCAAGAUGCUGGUUGCUUGCACUCAGCCUCGUCGAGUGGCUGCAAUGUCUGUAUCACAACGUGUUGCUGAAGAGAUGGAUGUCAUCAUCGGUGAAGAAGUUGGUUAUAGCAUCCGUUUCGAAGACAAGAGCAGUCAUAAGACAGUUUUGAAGUAUUUAACCGAUGGUAUGCUCUUAAGAGAAGCCAUGACGGAUCCCCUGUUGGAAAGGUACAAAGUAAUAAUCCUUGAUGAAGCCCAUGAGAGAACUUUAGCAACAGACGUGCUCUUUGGCCUUCUCAAAGAGGUGCUGAGAAACCGUCAGGAUCUUAAGUUGGUGGUCAUGAGUGCAACUCUCGAAGCUGAAAAGUUUCAGGGUUAUUUUAGUGGGGCACCUCUAAUGAAAGUCCCUGGUAGGCUACACCCUGUGGAGAUAUUCUACACACAGGAGCCGGAAAGAGACUACCUUGAAGCAGCAAUUAGAACGGUUGUCCAGAUACACACAUGUGAAGGGCCUGGAGAUAUACUAGUGUUCUUAACAGGUGAGGAAGAGAUAGAAGAUGCUUGUCGCAAAAUUUCUAAAGAGAUUGGUAAUUUAGGAGACCAGGUGGGUCCUGUGAAAACCGUGCCUUUGUACUCAACUCUUCCUCCAGCCAUGCAGCAGAAGAUAUUCGAGCCUGCUCCACCUCCUUUAAAAGAGGACGGUCCACCCGGGAGGAAAAUCGUGGUUUCUACAAACAUUGCUGAAACUUCUCUUACUAUAGACGGGAUUGUUUAUGUGAUUGAUCCCGGUUUUGCCAAGCAAAAAGUUUACAACCCACGUGUUCGAGUUGAGUCCCUUUUGGUGUCUCCGAUUUCCAAGGCUAGUGCUCAUCAGAGAGCAGGUCGAGCUGGUAGGACGGCGCCGGGGAAAUGCUUCAGGCUUUAUACUGAGAGGAGCUUCAAUCAGGAUCUUCAGCCGCAGACUUAUCCAGAGAUAUUAAGGUCGAAUUUAGGGAAUAUUGUUCUGACAUUGAAGAAGCUGGGAAUUGAUGAUCUAGUUCAUUUUGAUUUCAUGGACCCACCUGCACCAGAGACGUUGAUGAGGGCUUUGGAGAUGUUGAACUAUUUGGGAGCGCUGGAUGAUGAGGGUAACCUGACAAAGCUUGGGGAGAUUAUGAGCGAGUUUCCGCUCGAUCCUCAGAUGGGGAAGAUGCUGGUGGUUAGUCCAGAGUUUAAUUGCUCAAAUGAGAUCCUCUCUCUUUGUGCUAUGCUGUCAGUACCCAAUUGCUUUGUCCGCCCUAGGGAGGCACAAAAGGCUGCUGAUGAAGCCAAAGCUAUGUUCGCCCACAUUGAUGGUGAUCACCUCACUCUGUUGAAUGUCUACCAUGCAUUCAAGCAAAACAAUGAGGAUCCAUCAUGGUGCUAUGAUAAUUUCAUCAAUUAUAGAGCGCUGAAAUCUGCUGACAAUGUGAGGCAGCAGCUUGUGCGGAGCAUGUCAAGGUAUAACCUCAAGAUGUGCAGCACCGAUUUCAACAGCAGGGAUUACUAUGUCAACAUAAGGAAGGCGAUACUAGCAGGGUAUUUUAUGCAGGUUGCUCAUCUGGAACGUACUGGGCACUACUUAACUGUCAAGGACAACCAAGUCGUGCACUUACAUCCAUCGAAUUGUCUGGAUCACAAGCCAGAAUGGGUGGUGUACAAUGAAUAUGUGUUGACUAGCAGGAACUUCAUUCGGACAGUGAUAGACAUUCGUGGUGAAUGGCUUGUAGACAUAGCUCCUCACUAUUAUGAUCUGGAUAACUUCCCCAAGUGCGAGGCGAAGCAGGUUCUCGAGAAGCUGUACAAGAAGAGGGAGAGGGAGAAGGAGGAGAGCAGGAACAGAAGAUAGAUAUAAGAUAAUAAUGUCUGCUUGCAACCGAUAUUUGUGCUAGUCAGAAGAAGGAAAAUCAGAGAAAUGGCGGUACGACCAAGGAAAACGCUCUUGGACCAUUUGAGUUUUGAAUCGUCGUCAUUGAUGAAUGCAAAUGAUUAUGCUACUUGUUUUUUCAUAGCUUGUUCUCAACGAAACAGUAGUACUCUUAUUUCCUUGUCAAAAAAGAAAUGACGGAUUGUUCCUCCAAAGUACAGAGUUAGUUUUUUUUUAUAAUAUAAUUAUUAUUGUGAUAUAGAUUUGUUUUAUAGUUGGGUACUAUUUAACGAAUUUGAACCUGGAAUCUUCAAAUUAAAUAUUACUGGCAACA